AUGGCGCCUCUAGCGGCCGCCCCCGUGCACCACGCGCCGGCGUGCGGCCUCCUUCCGUCGAAAACAGCCAAGCCGAUGUUCGCUCGCCGCUCGGUGCUCCUCUCCCCCUCGCUACGGCGCGACGGCGGGGACAGGCGGCGCGCGGGCCCGGCGAGGAGCGCCCACGCACACGUGGAUUCCACGAUGCACCGGUCGACGGGCGUGCCCCGCCCAGGUCCCCGCGCGUCGAGCGCUACAACACGGCGACAGAUCAAGGACCGACCCGCCGUGCAGAAGCCGAUCGUCGCGGACCCCGAUGACCCCGCGGCAGGCUCCGUCCAGGACACGAGGAGCCAGAGAGGCUUGCCCGACGUCUUCCGGCGCCUCCUCGACCCGCGAAGCUCCGACACGUGGCUGGACUACCAGCCCGACCCGAACGUCCUCGCCGCGGUCCGCGACGUCCCGCCACAGCGCGUCAUGGCCGUCGUCCGCCGCCUCGGGAACGACGCCGCCCUCCGCGCCCGCGUGUACCCGCUGCACCGCUGGCUGCGCCUCGCAGGCUACGCCAUCGACUCGCAGCUGUGCUCCGCCACCAUCAAGGCGCUCAUCCGCGGCAAACCCGACCGCGACGCCGCCUCGGAAGUCCUCCAGUGGGCAAUCGAGAACGUGGCCAUCGACGCGGUGCUCGUGACGCAGGGCGUCAACCUGCACCUCGCGAUGGGCGAGCCGCGGCGCGCCGAGGCGCUCUGGAGCUCCGCGAUCGAGCAGGGCGUGACGCCGGACGGGUACAUGCUGGAGGCGUUCGCCAAGCUGUGCGUCGCGCGCAGCGACGCGCAGGCGCUGCACGUGCUGCUGCAGAGCCUCGAGGAGCCCACCGCUCCGCGGUGCACGCCGUACCUUCUCACGGCGCUCACGAAGGCGUGCAAGACGCUGCGCGUCCCGGGGUACGGCCCGCGGCUCCACGCCAUUGGGAAGCGCAGCCAGCUGCGGAUGACGCCGCACGUGGCCGCGGCGUUGAUCGCGGGGAUGCCGACGCUCCCCCAGGCCAACGCCGUGUUCCAGGAGAUGCUCCAGCAGGGCUACACGCCGGACUCGGUCUCCUGCACGGCGCUCCUCCAGGUCAUCGUCCGGUCCGGCGAGAUGCAGCGCGCGGCGCAGUUCCUGGAAUGGAUGUCGCGGAACGGCGUGCCGAUGACGGUCGUGACGUACUCCGUGUUCCUCAGCGGGCUGGCAGAACACGCCGAAGACGACGCCGUCGCGACGCUCCCGCUCGAGGCGUACAGCGCCGGGCGGCGCCGCGCCGCGACGACGGGCGCCACGACCGGCCCGGUGAACUGGGCGGAGCUGCCCGUCGACCUCAACCACCACACGUACGCGGGGAUGAUCCGCGCGGCGCAGACGCUCCCGCGCGCGCGCGCGGUGUACCGUUUGUGGAAGGAGAUGGAGCUCAACGACCAGCUCUCCGGCGGCGAGGCGCAGGUCGUCGUCGGCGCGAUGAUGACGCGGUUCCUCGCCAGCGACAUGCACCGCGAGUGCCUCGAGACCUUCUCGCGCGCCCGCACCCUCGGCAUCCGCCCCGGGCAGCAGUGCUUCAACAUCGCCCUCUGCGCCGCCUCGCGCGCCGGCGACCACGCGGCCGUCGAGGCGCUCUUCGACGCGUCCCCGGCGCGCGACCGCGUGACGUACGAGACCAUGGUCGGCCACGCCGCGCGCCGCGGCGCCCCCCGCGCUGCCGAGGAGUACCUGCAGCUUCUACUCGCGGCGGGACUCCGCCCGGGGGACUCUGCGUGGGUCGGGCUGAUCGAGGCGUACUGCCGGGCGCGGCAGCCGCGGAUCGGCGUGCGGUGUCUGGGCCGCGUGUCGAAGUUCGGCGGCGGCACGCGGGCGUACAACGCGAUCCUGACGGCGUGCGAGGUGUCGGGGGAGUAUGAGCGCGCGAUACACGUGUUCGAGGAGAUGCGGCGCGUGGGCGUGAAGGGGGACGCGGCGACGCGGCUGAUUCUGGCGUCGUGCGGCAAGAAGGGCCUCGCGCAGGUCGUCGAUCAGCAGAACUUCGUGUCGGCGCUGACCACGGCGGCGGCGGUGGCGGGCGGCAUGCUGAUCCGCGCGGGGAUCUUCUGA